AUAUGGAGUUAUGCUCCCAAAAGAAUCUACUGUUCUCUUUUUUAUUUUUGAAAAUCAAAUAAAUUAACUCAGUCCAAUUCUCUCCCCGCUUCGACGAGAUCGCGGAGGAUUAACAAAGAAUCAGUAACGAUAAUCAAGCUUCAUUCCAUGGCACCCAGAUGGAAAUGGAAAGGUGCUGAAGCCAAAGCUCUUGCGGAACCAAUUUCAAACUCAGUCUCAGAGCUCCAACUCUCUCUAGCCAAAACAGAGACAUCCGGUUCCCUUUCGAGUUGCAACGUGCUUCUAGCGGUUGAGCCUGAGCAAGCUGAGCUACUCGACCGCUGUUGUUUUGGCAGACUCGUCCUAUCCGCUGAGAAAGACAAGAAAUGUAUUCAGUUAUCCUUUGAAGAAGCUUUCUAUUUGCUUUACAAUCUCAAAUGCAUCAAAAUCUACCUCCAAGGCCGUUGCUUGGAGAACGAAGUCGACACUUGGAUGUACAUGAAAUCACAAAGACCAAACUUCCCGAUAUUUUUCAAACCUUAUUCACAUUUACGGUCCAAGAACUGGGUUUUGAGAUCCGGGUUGCAAUACGGUGUGCAUUUCGUGGCAUACCGUCACCAUCCAUCUCUUGUCCACUCUGAAUACUCUGUUUUGGUUCAGUCUGGUGAUAGUAAUCGGUUAAGAGUGUGGUCAGAUGUCCAUUGUGCUGUUCGUUUAAGCGGCAGUGUUGCCAAGACGUUAUUGACUGUCCAUGUGAGUGGUAACUCUAAAAAAGAGGAUUUGAAUCUACCUUUGUGUUUGGAGAACUACAGAGUGGAAGAGCAAACUAUUUGUAGAUGGAGCCCAGAACUCAAUCGUGAAGAUGAAACCACAAAUCCAAAACCAAAUGCUACCACUAGCUAUGGAUAAGCAGGUUCAUUUGAAUAGAAUAGUCUCAAGCAAAAAAAGAAGCAGUACAUUUGUUAUAAAAUCAGAUGUUUCGACACAGACACAAUCCAACGAAUCUCUAUGCAAACAUAAGACAUUAGUAAGAAGUGCGAGAAAAGAUUUUGUUUCUUCCUUAAGAUGUUCAUUUGCUGUAUUGAAUAUUCAUGAGCUCUCUAUACAAUUGUUGGUGGGUCAGGCUAUACAUUGAAGAAGCAAAGAAGAGGAUGGUAAAUAUCUUUUCGAUAAACCCAAAAUAUAUUCAUCCUGUGAAUUGGAGGGAGAAUAUUACAGUAUGCAGACCCAAAUCUUGAUUUUGACUUUCUAUAGAUUCUUUACAUUUAUGGCUGAUUCUUUUCCCCUUUUGUUGUUUCCUUAUGGGAGUUAUAUUCAACACUGAAUCUUAAAGGUUGCAUUCUUGUGGUCCUCAAAUACAUUGCCUCUGUUUAAUCAAAUUCAAUCACAACUUUUCUCUAGUCUCUCUCUUUUUUUUUUAACGAAAAUCCAUUCUAGCCAACAAAUUAUGACCUUUAAUGAUCUGUUACUAUCAGUAAUUCUCUUGCACAUGUGCUUGAGUGUGAAUGUCCUCGUGAUUUUCAUCUUGUCGAUCUUUUUGUUUUUGAUUUUGUA